AUGUAUAGGGCGGCGGGAAGGGUUGCAUCGAACAGGGACAUGGGGACUGUGUUACUCGACACGCACGACUUCCCUCCUGAAUGCCUAACGUCGCGGACGUCCCAGAAAAGACUCCGCUUUGUCUGGCUUACAUCUGAUGAUAUCUUAUCCGAUGAUGUUGAGCAGAGCGGUACGGUACGCAAAGAACAUCAACAGAACGACGUGCGGGUUGUGGAGAUACCACCAUCGAACCUCAAGUGUCAAAAUGUAGUGUCGUAA